AUGGAGAGCCCCAGCAAAACAUCAGAAGUCACAGGUACACAGCGAGAGGCACCGCUCUACACACAGCCAAGUUCAACCGAGGAGCCCCCGCUUCCCGGUGCUACAACCCCGCGGCCGACCCAAAACCGCGACAUAGAGAGGCAGACUUUGGCUGUAGAGCCCUUCCGACCCAUACUUGAGGUCUUGAAGCAAAUUGAAGAAGAUACUGAACUUGCAUUUCGAGCUGCACGUCUGGUGGGGUACAUUCGAUGUUUAUGGGAGUCUUGUGUUUCCAAACAUACAGACAUCCAGCAGCUCGAAGAGGAAAAUGAGAAGCUGCGGACUGGAAAUAUUCAGCUAUGCAACGAGGGAAGCCGCUUGAAGCACUGCCAAGAUGAGCAAGUGGCCCGCUUGCAUGCUAUCGAUGAUGCGUUGGAUGAAGUUCGGGGAAGACUUAUCGGUAUGCUCAAAGUUUGGAACGAUCGGUCUGUCGGCGACUUGGCCAUUUUGCCGGAAGAUGGGCUUCCCCGAUGUUAG